AUGGCCGUCCUCGUGACCGUCGUCAAGUGCCGGGGCCUCCGCGACCUGGCGCUGAUGCUGCCGAUGUCCUGGGUGAAGGGCCUCGUCGCUCCCGUGGACCAAAGGAGGCGCCGCGGCCAGCAGUCGGCUCUCGACCGCUGGUCCAUCGUGGUUGCGCCGCAGGAGGACUGCGCGCUCAGCGUGGCGGUGGCCUUCGACGACGCGAUCGCCCUCGACUCGCCGAGCUGGGCGGGCCCUGCCUUGAGGGGGGCGGCAGGUCGCCGGGCCGGCGAGGACCUGCUCCUGCCGGUCGAGGCGGGGUUGGCGGUCAGCGCGUUCGCGGCCGCCGCGAUGCCCCUCGGGCUGCCCAGACUAUGCCUCGACCAGCUGCGACGCGGAGGCGCGUCUGGGGACCUCCUCGCCAGGGCGAGGGGGCUCUCAGACAUCGCGGCCCGCGGUCGCUGGCGGUCGGGGGCUUCGGUUCGACGGUGCGCGAAGGCGGGGCAGGUGCAGAAGCUGCUCCGCGCGCUGUCGAGCGACGCCAUGCUAUUCUGCGAGUGGGCCGACGAGAACCUGCAGGGGGCCAUCGAGGGCGCGGUGGCGCCCAAGCUCCCAGCGGGGGGCUUCGCAGGGCCAUAG